UUGGCCAACUGGGCAACACCCUUUGCCUUCUCUUUUUCACUAAUGAGUAAAUCACCAGUAUUUGAGUUUCUCCUUCUGUUACUCUUUACCGUCAUUGCUAAUGCCACCGUUGGUACAUCGGUAACCCGACAAUUCAAGGAAACCCCACAGUUCUAUAACUCUCUGGAUUGUCCAGUAAUUGUUGAUGAAGAUGAAUUAGAUGGAGGGGAUUCCUUCAUUUUGUGCUCCGAUCAAGCUGUUCAUGUGGCAAUGACUCUCGACACAGCUUACAUCCGUGGCUCCAUGGCGGCUACUUUUUCAGUACUUCAACACUCCUCUUGUCCUAAGAACAUUGUCUUCCAUUUCGUAGCCUCUGCCACGGCCGACGUGUCUCUUUUACGCGCCACAAUAUCAUCCUCCUUUCCUUACCUCAACUUCCGAGUCUACCCCUUUGAUGACUCCUCUGUUUCGCGCCUCAUUUCAACCUCCAUCCGCUCUGCUUUGGAUUGCCCUUUGAACUACGCUCGAAGCUACUUAGCCAAUCUACUGCCUCUGUGCGUCCGGCGAGUCGUGUACCUUGACUCCGACCUGGUUCUGGUCGAUGACGUAGCUAAACUAUCCGCAACCCCACUCGGAGACUACUCAGUCUUGGCUGCACCGGAGCAUUGCAAUGCAAACUUCACGGCCUACUUUACUUCGACGUUUUGGUCAAACCCUUCCUUGUCCUUGACUUUCGCGAACCGUAAGCGCUGUUACUUCAACACUGGUGUUAUGGUCAUGGACCUUGAUCGAUGGAGAGAAGGAGACUACACGGCGAAGAUUGAAGAAUGGAUGGAGCUUCAGAAAAGAAUGAGAAUUUACGACCUGGGUUCUCUGCCACCAUUUUUGUUAGUUUUCGCUGGAAAUAUCGUGCCGGUUGAUCACAGAUGGAAUCAGCAUGGCCUCGGGGGCGAUAAUUUUAGAGUUUUGUGCAGAGAUUUACAUCCAGUUCCGGUUAGUCUUUUACAUUGGAGUGGAAAAGGGAAACCUUGGGCGAGGCUUGAUGCUAAUAGGCCAUGCCCUUUGGACGCUUUACGGGCACCCUAUGAUCUCCUGCAAACGCCGUUUGCUAUGGAUUCUUAAUUGAGUUUGAAACAAAUGGGAAACGCUUGUUAAUUUGCUGCUGGAUUUCAAUUCGUUUAACUAUACCAACUUCUCUGGGCAAGUGUUUGUUUGCUGAGAAAGUGGCGUAAUCAUCAGGAACGGUUGGAACUGUAAAGAUUGUAGCUGCUCAUGGCGCUGGGUGAAGAGAAAGCAACGGGGAGAUCUAGGUGUUUUCGUGUAGAUUAUUACAGCUAUUAUAUUGCAUAUACUGCAUUUAAUCUUUUUUUGUUCCUUUUUUGCAAGAACAAUUACACUUUAAACAUUAAAAUUAUUAUUUUUUGUAAUAACAAUAAGGAGAAGAAAGUCCAGAUGAUGGGU